AUGUUGAAAUGGAACGGAAAGGAGGCUUCAACUAGAAAGAUAGACGGUCUGCAUUAUGUGGAUGCGUCUGGAUGGGAUGCCCAGGCGUUUCUCGUGGUGAUGAAAGCGAUGCAUGGAAAGUUCCGUGGCAUUUCUCGUUGUGUUGAUCUCGAAAUGCUCGCCAAGGUCGCCGCGAUCGUGGAUUACUACGACUGCCAUGAGAGCAUGGAACCACUUUCGACAAUAUGGAUUGAAAUGCUGUCUAGAGCAUCGCCACUGCCCAAGACAUGCGAUCGAGAUUUACUCCUGUGGCUUCUGGUGUCAUUUGUUUUCCGGAACGAGACCAUCUUUCAGCAUAUCACCAAGACAGCUAUCCGGGAAACCAAGGGGCUGCUCCCAUCUCUGGAUCGACUUCCCAUUCGAUCGUCCAUAACGGACGCAAUCGACCAGCGUCGCGAAGAUAUCAUUGAACGAAUCUUAAAAAUGCUGGAAAAUCAAGCUGAUCGAUUUCGAAAUGGUUCUUCCGGAUGCAAAUUCGAGUGUUCGGCGACCCUUCUGGGGCUGUUGGUGAAAAAUAUGGCUGAGCAUAGACUGAGCCACCCAACACCGUCUCGGCCCUACACGGGAUACAGCGUAACAGGGCUCGAAAGGUCUAUUAGAGCCUUCAAGAAUCCACCAUCUUGCUGCCCUUUGAGUCCGUUCAUUGUACCUGCUAGAAUAGAGAAGUACGACAAUAUCACAGCGGGGCUGGAGAUGAAAGAAUUUCUCAACGACGAGGACAUCUCAGUCAGUUAG